UGAUCAAAAACUAAAACAAUGCAGGCAGAAGGAAAGAAACGGGCGGGCUUUAGCGUUUGGAGGGAAGUUCAGUGAUUGGUUUGAACUUUUCACAGACUCCAACCAAUAGGCGAACGAAAGGCACUGAUAAAUGCUGGAAACCACAACCUCCAUCUUAUAUAUCUUUCCUGUUUCUAUAAUCGUGAGAAGUUUCCAGCUUAUGCAACAAUGAGCGGCAGAGGUAAAACCGGCGGCAAAUCAAGAGCGAAGGCCAAGACUCGAUCAUCCAGAGCGGGACUUCAGUUUCCCGUUGGCCGUGUUCACAGGCUGCUUCGCAAAGGUAAUUACGCACAACGCGUCGGUGCUGGAGCUCCAGUUUAUCUCGCGGCUGUUCUCGAGUAUCUCACCGCUGAGAUCCUGGAGUUGGCUGGAAACGCUGCUCGGGACAACAAGAAGAGUCGGAUCAUUCCUCGCCAUCUACAGCUGGCGGUCCGUAACGACGAGGAGUUGAACAGACUGCUGGGCGGCGUGACCAUCGCUCAGGGUGGUGUGUUGCCCAACAUCCAGGCGGUGUUACUGCCCAAGAAGACUGACAAACCCGCUAAAGCCAAACUAAAAACUUAUGCAACAAUGAGCGGCAGAGGUAAAACCGGCGGCAAAUCAAGAGCGAAGGCCAAGACUCGAUCAUCCAGAGCGGGACUUCAGUUUCCCGUUGGCCGUGUUCACAGGCUACUUCGCAAAGGUAACUACGCACAACGCGUCGGUGCCGGAGCUCCAGUUUACCUCGCCGCUGUUCUCGAGUAUCUCACCGCUGAGAUCCUGGAGUUGGCUGGAAACGCCGCUCGGGACAACAAGAAGAGUCGGAUCAUUCCUCGCCAUCUACAACUGGCGGUCCGUAACGACGAGGAGCUGAAUAGACUUCUGGGCGGCGUGACCAUCGCUCAGGGUGGUGUGUUGCCCAACAUCCAGGCGGUGUUACUGCCCAAGAAGACCGACAAACCCGCUAAAGCCAAGUAAACUACUCUUUCUCCGGAUUCAAUCAAAAGGCUCUUUUAAGAGCCACCCACUCGAACCAAAGAGAGCGAUUUUAUUCUUAAGCCACUAAUAGCUGUAAACUAAUAAAUGUGUCGGGAAACACGAUUCUGUCUUUAAGUGAGAUGAUCGUUCACGGUUUUGUGUUGGGCAGUGACUGGUGUGGGUGCUUUAAAACCAGUUGUGUCUUUCAUGUUCUGGUUGAGCUCUACAGGAUCGUAAGGGCGAUUAUUAUACAUGGGGUAUACGAACUCCGGGCUGUUGCUGUGACAUAUGACUGACAAUGACACUAAUUUCGAUACCUUUAUGGAGAGCAUUUUUGUAUUACAAUUACCCAUAAAUUUCAUUCACACAAUGACACGAAACGAGUUAAAAACUACUCUUCGUUAAAAGUGCAAAUGUGUGUUUUCUCGUAUUUUCUUGCGAAGUCAUGGGUUCACUAUAAGUAAAAAUGAGAGGAUUUACUGUGACAAAUCUAGACAAAAGGUUUCGAGCGGGAACCGGAAGUCGUUGCAUUUCGUUUGAAAAAAAGGGAAGCGCACAGCCAUUGGUCAGAUGUGUACGUAGACGUUACACAUUAACCAAUCACGUGCCAGCGCACUGUCACCACCCUCUGAGCGCAUGGUCGACUUAGUCUUUAUAAACAGCCGCAAAGCAGACUUGCGUGUAUUCUUUCUGC